GCAAGCUCAGUCUCUCUCCAUCUCUCCCUCUCGGCCUUUCACCUCGGGAUUAUUAUUGGAUAGCUGCUGGAUAUUCAUUAUUAUAACUGAAUUUCAGAAUUACAUUUGUUAGCAUUGCACGGGUUGGGAUCUCCUCUUGGUAACAGUUUGUAACGAUUUACAACAGGUUUUGUGAAUGGACAUGAUUCUGUGAGCUCAGUUGCCAAUUGACUGGAGAAGAAAGAGGACAGAGAAUUUUUUGGAAAUUAUUCCCAGGAAAGCUUAAUGUGGUCUCAGUGAUACAACUUGGUACAAAGAUAAUAUAAUUGUACCAGUAAAGAUUUCCUAAUUGAAUGGGAUUAUUUUCACUGAAUUGAAUCCAGACACCACGAGUAAAGUAAAGUUCAUCCAAUACACAAGAUCGGAGGUGAAGAUGUUUUACCAGAUCAUUUUGAGUUGUGCUGCCCUCUUUGGUGCUGCUGUACAUGCAAAAACUGGCCCAAUUCUUGUAGAGCAGCCACAGGAGACUAUCUUUGAUACAGCAUCCAAUCUGAACACGGUAUCCCUCAAUUGUCGCGCUACUGGUGAUGAACCUAUCACGUACACGUGGACCAAGGACGGUGCCAUCCUCUCGCAGGCAGGAAACCAGAGGCUGAUCAUCACACCGGGUCAGCUGACCAUCACCAACCCAGACAGAACAACGGAUGGAGGGGAGUACGUCUGCUGGGCUGAGAAUCACGUGGGGAUCGUCAGAAGCUUGCCAGCAGAGCUCAUCUUUGCCUAUGUUGAUGAGUUUCAACCAGACGCUUCGCUAUCUAUGACACUAAAUGCCGGACAGGGAGGGUGCAUAAGCUGUAACCCACCCCCACAUUAUCCAGACGGAAUCGUGACGGAUUGGUUUCGCACCGGUGGCGGCUUGGUGAACUCCAACGAUCCCCGCCUUCGUGUCAUGGAUGACGGCCGACUCUGCUUCUUCUAUGCGCUGGCAAGCGACGCUGGAGAAUACUUUUGCCAAGUCAAGAGUAAUGUGAAAUCAGAGGGUGCCGUAGGAAUGAGGGUCAGUCCACAAGUGACAGUCAAUUUGAAUGACGGUGGUUCUCCAAGCACAUCCAUCAGGAUUGUAAAUGAGAAUGGACCGAAAGACGUAUCUACACUUGCUGGAAAAGACAUCAAGUUUGAAUGUUUCUUCUAUGGCUUUGAAUCAUCCGAUGGAAUUCCCAGGGUUCGCUGGGUACGUACUAGCCCCCCUGGUGCUGCCUUACCCCAGGGGAGGCACAUAAUAGAGGAAAACGGGGAGGUCUUAAAGAUUGACGAUGUUCAACCGGAGGAUGCCGGAACAUACCGGUGCUACGUUAAUGAUGCUAAUAUUGGAGAUCAAGCAGUACUCAAUGUAGUUGAAACACCGUCAUGGAUUGAUGAACCGCUGGGUACCAUGAAAGAUAUCAAUACAAUGCAGGAAUGGGACGUAGACGCCGAGAGUGCCACCGGUUAUACCUGGUACCGCAACGGUGAACAGUUGGACGCUCUGGACAGACACGAGUUCCGCAACAACUUCCAGACACUCAUAAUAAGCGAUCUUGUGACAACAGACACGGCCAUGUAUCAGUGCUUUGCAAGCAACGAUCAUGGCAUGAUAUAUUCCGCUGCACAGCUGUAUGUAAGGGCCUUCCCACCCAAGUUCCUUAGCCCGAUGGUACACGACAAGCCUGCCCCUCUCUCUGCUACAGUCACCAUAGUAUGCAACGUGGAUGCGGCUCCCGCCCCAACGGUCACAUGGCAACGCAAUGGUCAAGCCAUUACGAACAGCGCACACUACAACUUGACCGCUGACCCCCCCAACCUCGUCAUCGUAGAUGUCAACAAUGCUGAUGGUGGAACUUACCAGUGCACUGCCACAAAUUCAAACGGAACUGUCAGUGGUGAGGGCAGUAUUUCAAUAAAAGAUAAAACGGUGAUCACAGUGAGUCCAGCUAAUACUUUGGUGGAGGUCGGUGAGUCUGCCACUCUGUUUUGUAAAGCAGUUCAUGAUCCAUACUUGGAACUCACCUACCUCUGGGAACAUAAUGGAGUAGAAAUUGACCACAGCGAUAUAGAGAGAUACAGAAUGACUGGGAGGGACAAUGGCAACCUUGAGAUCGUCUCAGCUGAACUACGAGAUGGCGGGGAAUACACGUGCGUAGCUCUGACCGUUGCUGAUUCAGAUCGUUCCAGUAUUAUGUUAAACAUUGCAGGACCACCUGGACCCCCGUCUGGACUCUCCGUGGAGAUCGACAACAUGGCCGCCAACCUACGCUGGGUGCCGGGCACGGACAACAAUAGCCCUAUCACGUCCUACACCAUUGAAGGACAGACAGACCAUAGCGACGAAUGGGUUGAAAUACGUACAGGUGAAAGCGCAGGCUCGACCUCAGUUCGUCUGACUGACUUGGAAGCCUACAGUUUGUACUCCUUCCGUGUCAUAGCUAUCAAUCGGAUCGGGGAUGGUGAACCCAGUCAACCUGUUCAAGCCACUGAAAGGACUGGAAAAGCAGCCCCUACUAAAUCACCAAUGAACAUUGGAGGAGGAGGCGGCAAUCAAGGAGAUCUAAGAGUCACAUGGGAUCUGUUCCCCACGGCCGAUUGGAACUCUGACACGGUGUCUUACAGGGUGAACUGGCAGAAGGUCGAUAGUCAGGUGUCCUUGACGGGUGAUGUUGACGGAAUGGAUACUACCGUCUACGUAGCGACAGUAGGCAUUGAACUCUAUACGCUGUACAAAGUGAGAGUGAUGGCCAAAAAUGAUAUUGGAGACGGACCCUACAGUGAUUGGGCAUUCGUCUAUUCUUAUCAAGAAGCACCCAAGACGGCACCCACUGGAGUGACGGCAGAGAAGGCUUCCGGAUCCUCCAUUCUUGUUUCAUGGGACGCCAUUGAUGAAAGUACAUUCCAGGGAGAACUCAUGGGCUAUAAGUUGAAGUACUGGAGCGAUGACAGCAAUGAAGCCAAUGCUAACACAGCGGUCAGUCAGGGCGUUGGUACCUCAAACACGAUCAUCAACCUUGAACCUGACACCCGCUACACAGUCAUGGUGGCAGCCUACAGCGGAGGUGGCAACGGACCUGAUAGUAACACGGCAUCAGAUAGAACGUUUAAGAGCGCGCCCUCUAUGCAACCAACUGGUGUUAUAGGAGAACUGUCAGAUACAGGAGUCGAUCUUAAGAUCAAUUGGAAUGGUAUUACGACGACAUCAUCUGAGGAGCCACUCUUAGGAUACAAGGUUCGCUACAGGACAGAAGGCACGUUCGCCGAAGAUGCUGAGACCCUCGUUGUUCAAGGCACCGACGACACAUCAGCUGAAAUCAGAGACUUGACCUCCGAUAUGACCUAUUUGAUCACUGUCCUGGGAUACAGUGACGGGGGCAAUGGGGCGAGCAGUUCCCCGCCAUUAUCAAUUACAACAGGUAAACGAAAAACGGGGGAAUCAAGCGACGAUGGAGGAAACAGAGCGACAAGGACCGUGGGAGUCUUAUCGUUCUCUCUUUUCUGUUUGGCAACACUCCUUCAUUCAUUAUUUCACCUCUUAUGAAAUGGUACAGACCAAAUACUGUAGUCUAUAUGUAGUACUUCAGCUCAUACCAUUGUAAAAUAGGGAUGUCUUGCCUCAUGAUAGAGUGAGGGUAUGGGGUUUGUGUAGAAUAUUGGACAUGAGUAUGCGUGACAGUUAAGGGGAUUGGUGCACUCUCUUUCUCUGUCUCUCCCCCCCCCUUGUUAUAUUUUUAUCUUUUAAUGAUAUUCCUUCAUAUUCUCUCAUUGACAUUGAGACCUUUUGUGCUGGAAAAGGAAUCAUUAAUGUCCACUUCUCAAAUUUUACUUUGACUUUAGUAAAUGAUUAAGUGUUCAUACAUUUUUAAUGGUCACAAAUUAUGAUGCUUCAUUUAUUAGUAAGAUUCUAUAUGAUUGAACAAUCAAAUCCAUCAUCUCAUUCAUGUUUAAUAUUUGGUCAAUGUAGACUUUGAAAGGAAGAACUGUAUUAAUCAUGAUAUAUAUUUUAAAUCCACAUUCGGUAUAAGAAAAUGGAAGUUGAGCUUUUUACACUGAGGAAGACUUUAUGUCUGUUGCUCUCUAUUAAUUCAAAGUCAAAUGAAUCUCUAUCCAAUCUGUCUGUCGGAAGUCUUGAAGUCACCUCAUACAUGAACAAACUUUGGAAAAUGGAAAUAUGGAUCCUAAUCAAAUGAUUGGCUGCGAGCCGGUCAUGUGACGUGCAUUAUUUCGACUGUUGCACCGAGUAAGAGUGCAUGAGAAAAGUCAUAUUGCAUGGGGAUAUGUGUUUCAGUGCAAAGAGAUAUGUUUCAUUGUGAUUGCUAAUCAAGCAGUAGGUACCGAAUGACGCAGCGCAAAUAUGUGUUUAUCCUGUGCCUGUAUUCAAGGGAAAUGAUCAGUACCUCUGCGCUAGUAGGUCGUAAAUCGAAACUAAUGUUGCAUUUAGAUUUUCACAUGAUUUUAUUAUCAAACGAUAAGGAUCUUAUGCCUUAUUUCAUAAAUCGAAUGAUUUGUGUCUCUUUUUCGUGCAUCUCUUCAAAUAAGCGCUCGUAAGGGCUUCAGAGUUGUCCAAAAGCUACUCUGCUGCACGUCGUAGCUUCUGACAGCUACUGAAGCUAUCAUGUGCGCUAGUUUAAUCUAAUGCACUCACAUCCGUGCGAUAUUAUGAACUAUAUACCACUUAAAUAAAGGUGGUGUAGAGUGAUAGCCCAAUAUUUUUUUUAGCAACUUGAUAUUUUGUUAAACCGAUAGAUCAGAGACAUAAAAAAAGACUUACAUGUCAAAACAGAUUUCUUGUUUCUUGAAGAAACCUCAGGCAUCGACCAGAUAUUUCCAAAUAUUGUUGAUAUAUUAUUGUACAGAACAGUUAUGCAUGUCAUGACUGUGUAAUAUACAGUGACUGUAUACGAGUGUGUAUGUGAGUGAGUGCAUGGGAAAAUUAUAUAUAUGUUUUGUAAUAUAUUCUGCAUGUUCUGUGCGGAUCAUAACAGUUUUUUUGUUUCUAUUUAUAUUACGCUCAAACUUUUGUUCUCCGCUGAAUCAUCUGUGUUAUGUCAAAGUCUUAUUUUUUAAAUACCUGAGUUUGGCAAUAUUGAUGUCGAUAUGCAAGCAAAGUUUAUUUUGCAAAUUAUGUUUCCAUGUGAGUUAAUAUGUUUUGAGGAUAAAUUAUAUUUGAGUUUUUUGUUGUUCUUUCAAGUAGUAUUCUGUUAAACUUUGCAAAUCUUUUCCCACCACUAUACAGACUAUCAGGUUGAUCAAUCUUUUGCUUUAUAUCAAGAAAGUAUUCUACUCUUGAAAUUAAAGGGAUUCUCUAGGCUGAAAAUUAUAUGAUUUGAA